AUGAAUGGGCACGCACGGUCAGGGUCAAAUGCAGGACGUCGUCCGCAGAAUGCAAAGGCAGCGGCGCAGAGGCUGGCACAGGUAAUGGCGUGUCAACAAGCGGAUGAUGAUGAUGAGGAAGAAGAGCUGUAUGAGUAUAACCCUGUGGCUCCCUCAACUGCUAUUGGGCUUGCUUGUGGAAGGCCUAAUAGAAGAAGUACUCCGCUGUCAGUUCGUACAUCCAUUGAACCACAGGCAUUGAAUACACGUCCAGCAAUCCGACCCUCUUCAUCAACCGACUCUUCGGAUCAGCAACCCCUGCAAAAGACAGUUCGUACAUCCUCAGAGGCAAAUGCAUCAACUACACGUCCAUCAUCAAUUCGCACGUCCGUAGAACAAGCUACACGUCCAGCAUCAAUAUUAGGAAUCCGUCCAUCUUCAUCUUCCGAGACUUUGGACCAGCAACCUUUGUCAGCUCGCUCAACCACGCCUAUUCGAACUUCUCUCCAUUCAGCAGAACAACAACAACAUUCUCAAUCAUCUAUCCAAACUACUUCUGCUGUCCCCAGUAAGCUGAGUUUUCAAUCUAAAAAUACUUUGGAACAACCACCAUCUGCUCGCGCACCUACUACACCUUUGGCUGGCAAUCACCUUUCGUCAUCUCAAUCAAGCGUCCCGGAACAACCUCUAUCUGCGUGUUCUCUCGCAGCAAAUCGCUCCGGUCACUUUGGUGGAAAGCCAAUUCCUUCUAGUGUGCCUCUCUCACUCAGGCCAGCUGCAACUGAAGCUCAAACAGAAGCUCGUAAAGAUAAAAGAUUAUCAGUAGAUUUUGGUACUUUCAAGUAUAAGGAACCUCCCAUUCAACCGUCUUCUUCUGCUCUACAAGAUGAGGUUGACAUGCUUCAAGAAGAGAAUGAAAGUUUACUGGAAAAGCUUCGACUUGCAGAAGAGCGUUGCGAAGAAGCUGAGGCUAGGACUAGGCAGCUUGAACAGCAGGUUGCUAGUCUUGGGGAAGGUGUGUCCAUGGAGGCUCGUCUUAUAAGCAGGAAAGAAGCAGCUCUACAACAAAGGGAGGCUGCUCUUAAAGUUGCAGCACAAAGUUAUGGUGGAAAGGGUGACGAGCUUGCAGCUCUUCGGACAGAAGCUGAGUCCCUGCGAACUAUGACACGAAGAAUGAUACUGAGUCAAGAGGAGAUGGAAGAGCUUCUUCUCAAGAGGUGUUGGCUCGCACGCUAUUGGACUUUAUGCCAAACCUAUGGUAUUCACACAGAUAUAGCUGGAGCUAAGCAAGAAUACUGGUCAUCCCUGGCUCCUUUAUCAUUGGAAGUUGUGUUGGAGGCAGGACAAAAAGCUAAAGAUGAUAACUCAUUAGUUUACGAGGAUAGAGAAACACUUGCGGAUGAUUUGAAUGAACUUUUGGGAGAUGGGAAUGUGGAGAGCAUGCUACUGGUGGAUAAAGCUCUUCGAGAAGUCACAUCACUCAAGAUAGAUGAAGCAGUAUCCUUAGCAAUGGCCCAACGAAGGCGCCCAACUGCAUUGAGAGCUACAGAUGACAUUAUCAAGCUACCAAUUGAAGGCCAGAGCUUUUUGGAAUCAUUUGAAUUGAGUCCAGAGGAGUCAGAAGACGUGCAAUUUAAGCAGGCGUGGCUCACAUACUUUUGGAGAAGGGCCAAAAAUCAUGAAGUGGAGCCAGAUAUUGCAGAAGAGAGAUUACAGUUUUGGAUCAACCAAGGUGGCCAACCUCUCACUUCACAUGAUGCUGUUCAUGUAGAGCGAGGCCUCAUAGAACUCAAGAAAUUGGGGAUUGAAACUCAAUUAUGGAAAGAAACUCGACGAUCAAUAGAUCCCGAAAAUACCAAAAAAAUGCAAAAGGAAAAUGAUUUUUGA